AUGGAUGGACUAGACACAAGAAGGAACUCCCCCACAAAAGGACUCCAAACUAACGACGCUGUGACCAACGAUGCGAGCAAGAGUGUGGGAAAGGAUGAAAAUCGCACCAAUGAAGCCAGCGCAACUAAAGUAACAAACAAACCGAACGGGAAAGCAGUUGACGAUAUGUUUACAGUAGAGCUGGCAGCACUGAAGGAAAGAGUCCGGCAACUGGAGGAAGAGAUCAAGAGUGUCGAACUCCGGGGACUAGAUAGCAGACGCCUGCUGCUGCACAAAUGCCUCGAGCCAGUCGCCAGCAACCGUAAACUCAGGCAAGAGGGGGAUGGUCGCAUUGCCCGCGACAGUCCCUAUCGUCAAGUUUCAUCACGUGGGUCUUUGGCGAACUGCUCAACAAGGGCCGCCGAGGCCAAUAGUGAUUAUGUUCCCUACCGUGUAUUGGAGGGAUCAACUGUUAUCUAG